AUGAGUGAUCCCGGCGACACCAAGUCGCCUGUGGGCGACAAGCCGCAGGAGAUCGAGACGGGUAUUGCCCACAAUGACUACGAUGAGAAGGUCUCCCGUGACAAGUACAAGUCCGACGCCGUCGAGGGCGAAGAGGCGGAAUACAAGAUGGGUGUCGUCGAGGCUAUCAUGGAGUCCUACUGUGUCUUCCUCAUGGGCAGCUUCAUCGCCCUGCCCUCCUUCCAGAAGGAAUUCGGCGUCUACAUCAACACCAGCGACGACGGCACCGAGAACUGGGAAAUCAGGAGCGCCUGGGCCUCGGCCCUCCAGGCUUCUGGUCCCAUCGGCGCCCUGAUCGGCGUCACCCUCGCUGGCCCUCUCACCAGCCGCAUCGGCUACCGCUGGGCCACCAUUGUCGGUCUCAUGCUCCUCAACGCCUUCAUCUUCGUCUUCUACUUCGCCAACUCGCUGCCCAUCAUGCUGCUGUCCCAGCUGCUCGAGGGAAUCCCCUGGGGCAUCUUCAUCGCCAACUCGCCCGCCUACUGCUCCGAGAUUGUGCCCAUGCGCCUGCGUGCCCCCUGCACGCAGAUGCUUCAGAUGUUCUGGGCCAUCGGCGCCAUCAUCGUCGGCGGCACCACCUACGCCUACGCCGAGGAGUCCCGCGCCAUCUCCUACCGCAUCCCCAUUGCCCUGCAGUGGAUGUUCCCGACGCCCCUCGCCGUCCUCAUGUUCCUCGCCCCCGAGUCGCCCUGGUGGCUCGUCCGCAAGGGCCGCCUCGAGCAGGCCGCCAACGCCGUCUCCCGCCUCGGCCGCAAGUCCGUCGUCACCAACUACCACGACACGGUCGCCAUGAUGCGCCGCACGAUCGACCUCGAGAAGACGGACAAGGAGCCCAGCUACCUCGAGCUCUUCAAGGGCGUUGACGCCUACCGCACCGCUAUUGUCUGCUGCGUCUACGCCGCCCAGAACCUGACGGGCAACCUCAUCGCCAACCAGGCCGUCUUCUUCUUCCGCCAGGCCGGCAUCGGCAACGAGACGGCCUUCGCCCUCGGCCUCAUCACCUCGGCCCUCCAGACCAUCUUCGUCAUGCUCUCCUGGAUCCUGACGACCUACCUCGGCCGCCGCACCAUCUACGUCUGGGGCUCCCUCAUCAACACGGGCUUCCUCGUCGCUCUCGGCAUCGCCGCCUCCUUUGGCCAGAGCACCUCCUCCUCCCUCGCCCAGGCAUCGCUCGGCCUCAUCAUCUCUGUCCUCUUCACCCUCGGCCCCGCUCCGGCCUCCUGGGUCAUCAUUGGAGAGACCUCGGCCAUUCGCCUGCGCCCCCUGACCACCGGUAUCGGUCGCGGCUGCUACUACCUCGUCAACAUUCCCUGCAUCUUCCUCGGCAACUGGAUGCUGAGCUCCACCGGCGCUCACCUCGGCGGCAAGUGCGGCUACGUCUGGGCCGGCACGGGCUUCGCCUGCUUCGCCCUCGCCUUCUUCUUCCUCCCCGAGAUGAAGGACCGCUCGUACCGCGAGAUCGACAUCCUCUUCAAGCGCAAGGUGCCUGCGCGCAAGUGGACGAAGACACCCAUCGACAUCAACGACGACGAGUAG